AUGGACUCCGAGAAUCCCCCGGCCCCGCUACCCGACGAAGAAGCACAUCUCAAAGCACGCACGUCAGAGUCCAAAUUCUGGCUCGAGUUCUCCGUCUUUGACGACGGCCUCGACGCACCCCGCGCAGCGUCCCUCCGCAGCCAAGCCGCCUCCAAGCUCCUCCCCCACUUCCACCGCUUCCCAGACCUGCCGCCCGAGAUCCGCCUCAAGAUCUGGUCGUAUCUCAUCGUCCCCCGCGUCGUGACGGCAUGCUGCUUCGAGCGGGACCCGAGGCUGCCCUCGCGAAGAGAGGCUUUCAAGAAACGCUCCGGCGGAGCUUCGUCGCGCGGGGACGACGAGGAGGAGGAGGGUUCCGGCAUGGUGUUCAACCCGACCUGUCCCGUCAUUCUGCGCGUAUGUCACGAGUCUCGCGCGCUGGGGCUGGAGCACUACGAGCUUUCGUUCGGUUGGAAGAUCUCGGCGCUGCUGAGCGAUACGCCCAUCGCCCGGCCGCCGAGAGCUUGGUUCAACUUCCGUCUGGACGCGCUGUAUCUCGUAGGGGAGCUGGAGGCGUAUGACCAGUACGGGUUCAACAGUCCCAUGGUCUACUUCCUCAGGCGGGAGGACACGAAACGGGUGAAGCACGUGGCUUGCGCGUUCGAGGAGCUGCACUACCCCGAGCAGGAGUCGGAUCAGAUCUUUGGGUGUCUGUGGCACGUCGUCGACAGGUUCUCCGGCGCGAGGCGGCUGUUGCUCGCCGUCACGCCGCGGGACGAGGAGGGGAUGCAGGGGAGUCUCAUGCUCAGCACCGACAACGUGAUGCAGAAGAUCUGGAACGGGUGGAUCUUGGGGACGACGGUCACCAGUUCGACUCUCGCCGACACGCAGAUUCUGCUGGUCAAAGAGGGCGACCUGGCGGAUGUUUUGGCGUCUCACGCCGAGGAGGAUAAGAACAGGGUGAUGGCGAGGAGGUAG